CAAUAAUAAAACUAGAGAGGGUUGCAAGUUCAUCCUCCUGACAGCAGGUCUAGUAAGUGAUGUGACUGAUGAGGCAACAGUGACCCAAAAGUGAAUAUAAAUACCUGCAUCUUCUUCACACUCAACCAUCAGACAGGAGACCUGAAAGGAGCAGACCACAGUCAUCCACAUCAGGAGGAACCUUGUUGAAGUCAAAACCAAGAUGAAGACGUUCAGUGUUGCAGUUGCAGUGGCCGUCAUGCUCACAUUCAUCUGUAUCCAGGAGAGCUCUGCAGUCCCACUCAGUGAAGUGGAAGAGUUGGAGGAGGAGAUGAGCACCGACAAUCCAGAUGCGACACAAGAGGAGACUUCAGUGGAAACAUGGAUGAUGCCAUUUAACAUCAGGGAAAACGGUUAUACUGGUCCCAUUAGAUGCCGUUAUUGCUGUGGUUGCUGUGCCCUCGGUGUCUGUGGCAUCUGCUGCAAGUGAGGAUUGGUGUGUCUGGAUCUGAGUAGCUAACACUGAAAUUUACUUUGGUUUUUUUUGUUGUUUUUUUUAAAAUAUAAAUUAAAAAUCUGAUGUCACUGGA